AACCUUACAGACUCGGAGAAAGAACGAAGUCUGUGUAGUAAGAUGUCACCAGCAGCUUCUCAAGAUGCAUAUCAGGCCAUCAGCGUGAAAGCUGAGGUACCGUCAGAUUCAGAAGCAGAGGAGGGUCCUCAGGCAAUAACAUAUCCAGGAGGAGUAAAGGUUGAACCUGAGAAGGAUCUGAAGGCUCACCAACGCAAACAUAGCGGGGAGCGGCCAUUUUGCUGUAACGUGUGCAAGAAGUCAUUCAGUCAGCAGAGUAAUUUGAAGACUCACCAACGCAUACAUAACGAUGAGCGGCCAUUUCACUGUGAACUGUGCAAGAAGAAAUUCAUUCGUCGGGAUAAUCUGACGACACAUCUGCUCAUACAUAGCGGACAAAAGCAGCAGCACAGGGACCAUAGGCCAGCUGCAGGGAGACCUGGAGAGCCAAGGGAACUGACCCGAGGAAUUUGUGGACCUUGCAAGAAGUUGGCCACCACCUACAGGAAGGGGUCCCACUGUGCAAGAGUGGCAUAG